GAGUCAUCAGACCUCUUUCUCUAUCUCCAGGGCUAACAAGAGGUCCCUUUAGACACUCACUCUGAAAGAAAUGGAAAGGUGUCCAUUGACAGGGAAUGUUUUAAAAGUUCCCUGUAUUCAAAUUGGUUCAGAGAACUUUCCCAGAGAAUCCUGGCAGGAAGUAACAAUGAAGAGACUUUUUGAAAGAAGAAACUGGACUCCUCAAGCUAUCCUCUACCUCAAGGGGACUGAAGGCCGUCAAUUCAUUUCAGAGGAGAGCCGAAGGAAAGAUCUCUACAACAAACUACAGCUGGAAAAGCGCAGCCAAAGCCUAAACCCAAAACCUAUUUCUGAAGCUGUCACCAUGUUCUUUGAGUUCCUGCAGAAACCACCAGAAGAAGCUAGAGAGAUAAACCUUCAUCAAUCAAGAUUCUUGGAAGAUCAUCUAUUAAACUGAAGAAAAUGAUCCAAGUCACAGAAAAUUUUCCUUAAAUUUCUGUUGAAGCCAUUGUUUAUGUGAAUAAAAAACAUGGUCUACACAUGGUCUGUGUU